CUUGUAUACGGACCCCAUCAGAGACUCCAACACCCAUCAGAGAGUAGAAUGGUGGCCAGUCUAGGUGACCACAGGAGGUGCCCUGUGCCCCCUCUGAUGCCCACCCUGACCUGCCUGGCUCACUCACCUCCCUGCUCCUGGCUGCUGGCACUGCUCCUUGUCCUCUCUGGACUUUCUGAGCAGAGCAAGGGGAGUGAGUGGCAGGUGCUGCAGCCCGAGGGCCCCAUGCUGGUGGCAGAAGGGGAAACACUCCUGCUGAGAUGUACAGUAGUCGGCUCCUGCACUGAUGACAUGAUAAAGUGGCUCAAGGUGAGCAACCAGAACCAGCAGGAAAUUUACAGCUUCAAGCAUGGCUUCUUCCCCGGGGUGAUGCCUAUGAUCCAGAAGAUGCUGGAGCCACUUAAUUGUGACUAUUCCAUCUACAUCCACAAUGUCACCAGGAAACAUGUUGGAACCUACCACUGUGUGAGAUCUGAUGGCUCAAGUGAGUACUCAGGCAAGACGCUGGAUGAAGGCACCUCCGUGCUUGUGAAGGGACCUGGGAACACAGGGCCAGACCUCUGGAUCAUCCAACCCCAGGAACUGGUGUUGGCAACCACUGGAGACACCGUCUUUCUGAAUUGCACAGUGCUUGGAGUUGGUCCCCCAGGACCCAUCAGGUGGUUUCGGGGGACUGGUCUGAGCCGGGAGGCCAUCUACAACUUUAGAGGCAUCUCCUACUCCAAUGUGACUGCGGUCCAGGCCUCCGAGAAUGAUUUCAGCAUUCUUUUGCAUGGCGUCUCCAUUGAGCAUGCAGGAACUUACUAUUGUGUAAAGUUUCAGAGUAAACUCAACAGGCAGUACCUAUCCGGACAGGGCACCAGGUUGAGAGUCAAAGCAAAUCACACUUCUCUCAAAGAGUCAGAAUUCACCAAGGAACGUACAGCCAAGGUAUUUCCAUCAGGAUUCCUGUCUGUCCUCACACUCGCGGUCCUGGGACUGAAAACUGCGACCUUGGCUGCACUCUUGCUGGCCCUGGUUAUCUGUUGGAGAAGCUCUUGACAAGAAGACAUCAGAACUCCAAGGCCCAGAAGAGGUGUGCUCGUCUUAGCAUGGGUCAUGGAUGACUGGUCCGCCCUAGAGUGGGUCCUCUAAGAGAGGGCCCAGGAAUCCCCGAUCAUUUCUCUGCCUCCCAGCUGCCUUCAAGCCUCAUGAUGAACUCCAGGAUCCUGAUUCCUGUUCACCUGGUGGAAUUCUCUCUUUGGUACUGGGCUCCCCUCCAUUUGCCUUUGUCUCACUGUAUUUCACUGUUUGCUGAACCCAGGGUUGACAAGGAGCGAGCUAAGAGGCUGGAAGAAGAUGCGAGGAGCCGUAGGAACUGUAGACACGUUUAUUCUCUCCUCUUGCGGCUGACCUAGCAGACAAAGCCCUAACGCAGCCUCACUGCCAUAAUGUUAGCAGCCGCACCAUAGCCCCAAGGGCUUUCUCAGGUAGAGUGUAUAUAUGCUUAGAGAACAAAUGUAGCCCGUGGC